AAAAGAAGAAAAGCGUACGUGGAGGCAGGAGUAAAUUAGGAGUCGCUCAAGUCACGCCUUACGCGCGAAACCAAGAUGGCAUAUAAACAUUAUGUAGAAUUAAUAAUAGCGAGUAGAGCGUGUGGGCUGGCAGAUAGAAGGCAUCCUGCUGAUAGGAGACACAUCAAAGCAUAUAGAUAACAGUUAACAAAAUCAAGUUUCCUUCGGGCCAGUGUGCUGCUGCUGGUCCUAAGCAUCGUACUCCUGCGUCUCGAAAUCGCACCGGAAAGUGAAACAACAUGACAUUCGCUCUCUUGUUUCUCGUCGCCCUGUCUUUGGAUCAGUAUACGGGACAAAUUGUCGAUAUCGGUGAUGUGUGGGAGAUCAGAUGCCCGCAGGGAUGCACCUGCGAGAUCCAAAGGUACUCCGAUCUGUCCUUGCAUCAGUGGGCUGGCACGAACCGGGAUAAUGAUCAGGACGUGCCCUCCGACGACGUUGAUUUUAACAUCAACGACAAUCCAAUGGCUCAUGAAUUGCUGAAGAUCGCGACGUGCGUGAUUGUUGACAACCCCGAGGAACUUCUGGCUAAGCUUCCUCCGGAUAUACAGGUCACACGAGAAGCAGAUAUACUUUCGUACGUCCGUAUAUAUCCCUUGUAUGAACUUAUCUUGGCGUUUCAUCAGGUACUGACGUUGCUCGAAUCCGGCAGCGGGGACGUCGAUAUCCUUCUGCAAGCUAAUACGUUUCAACAAUUCGCCGAGCUGAUGUCGCUGGACAUUCAAGGGAUAGAUUACAGUGAUCCCUCCAUGAAGGAGGCGAAUAAUCGUACGGAUAAGGGCGGCAUUAUUCUCGCGUCCGACGCGAUGUAUCCCCUGGGAUCUACUUUACUGUACCUAAAUCUGGAGCGUGUUAAAUUGUCCAACUUGAACUUGCCGAACAAGGACAAGGCGAAUCUAGUGAUCAAGCCGGUGAACUCGCAGGAAACGGAAGCGGCCGACGAAAACCAGGUGCCUGUGGGCAACAGCAGCCAGCACAAGGGUCACAGGCUUAUCUUUCUAAGUCAGCAGAACAGCGAGGACAAGGAGAUACUGCCGUACGAUCUCUACAAGCAAGAGCUGGAGGGCUACAGGGAAAACGUUGAGCUGCUCGCCGCGCUCGGCGCGCUGACGCAUUUACGGGUGUACGAUUGCGCCCUGAAAGAUAUAUCUUGGCACAUGUUCGACGGCCUCAACAGCCUCCUAUAUCUCUCGCUGGAAAAGAACAGCUUGAAGUUCAUCCCCGAAUUCUGCUUUUACGGCACGCCGAACUUGAGAUUGCUCUCGCUGGCGAGCAACGAAUUAUUGACGCUGAAAAGCGUGGACCUGGCGGGGCUGCUUACGCUAGAACAUCUGGACUUGAGACAAAAUAAUCUAACGUUCCUGUCGGAGCUGUCGUUUCCGCCUUUCCCGGCGCUCGUAAGCGCCGACUUCACGGACAACCCUCUGGAUUCCAUUUUUCCCAGUACCUUCGAGAUCAUGAAUACGACAAUAAAAUUAUAUCUCGGAAGUGUGACAUCGAAACUGAAGCUGCAGAAGAACUCGCUGCUGGGUCUACGUCGAGCCGAGAUAUUACAUCUGUACAAUCUAGAGAUGCCUGUAUUAGAACGUUUCACCUUGCAAGGACUGCCGUCGUUGCUGUACCUUAAGAUGCGAGGAAACGUCUCGAGCAUCGACUUCGACGCGUUUGUCGACCUCACUAACUUGUUGGAUCUCGAUCUAAGUCACUGUCACGUUCAGCGAAUCUCUAUGGAUGCCUUCUACGGUUUGGAGAACGUUAGGAGAAUCGACCUGUCGGACAACGAUCUUGAAGCCAUACCGCCUGGCUUGUUCACCGCUCAACAGCAGAAGGAGCUGAGGGAAAUUGUACUUACGGGAAACAAAUUAACUUCGCUACCGUUAGAUUUCUUUAGAAAUUUGAAGUCGCCGAAUAAACCAACGCGCGUACAAAAUAUAAGAUUGGAUGACAAUCCUUGGGAUUGCGCUUGCGGCAUGGUCAGCUGGAAUCCCAAUCUGGUGAACAGAAACAAGGAAACUGCGCCACGCUGCUCGACGCCAAGACGAUUACAGAAUUGGGGAGUCUUUUAUGCGUUGCGCAAGGGUGGCUUGCAAUGCAGGAACCCGAAGAAGCGGUACCUACGAAAGUCUCUGAAGACGAGAAGCUUCGACGAGGAUAACGAUAUCAGUUAGCCAAUCUCCCUUCUCGAAUUGUAUGUAUAUGCUGGUACACACGGAGGAUCGCGAGACGAAUAUAUAAAAAUUUUUUAUAACACGUUCGCUUUUUUCUAAAAUACAUCUCUGAACCUUCGCUUCACAUGGCAAGAA